UGCAGGAGGUGGUGCUUGGACACAUUUUAGAGGCGUAAAGGCCUGCCUCAUUUGGUGCAGAUCAGAUCAUUUACAAAAAGCCACAUCCAGCACUCAAAGCAAGAGUAAGUCGCCACUGGCCGCUGCCAGCAUCCUCACCCCGCCACAGGCGUAACAGAAGUCUGGCUGUUGCAUCAACAAAACAUAGCUGGACAUGAAUCCCGGCAGUCUGCGUGGCCUGCUGGACAUCAGCAACGCAACCUGGGCUCUGUCGGAGCGCUCUGUGCUGCAGCCCAUGUGGGAUUACCUGCAGCAGAACCACGAGAGCACCUUGCGCUCGCCGCUGUUUCCCGUCAUCAUCUCGGUGUCCAUGUACCUGGUGCUAGUGUUCUUCUACACUGUGUUGGACCUGCUCGCACCUACCUGGCCGUCCAUCCGACGCUACCAGAUCCACCAGGACCGCACCGUCACCUGGUCCAACAUCGGCUCCACUUUGGCGCUCACCACAUACAACCAUCUGCUCUACAUCUUCCCUGCAGCCAUAGCCCAGUGGCUCUGGCGUCCGCCUGUGCCGCUGCCCCGCGAGGCACCCACGCUCACUGCCUUCCUGCUGGGAAUCGUGGGCUGCACAGUGGUGUUCGACUUCCAGUACUACUUGUGGCAUCUGCUGCAUCACCGCGUUGGCUGGCUCUACCGCACCUUCCACGCACUCCACCACCAGUAUCGCCAAACCUUCAGCCUGGUUACGCAAUACCUGUCUGCCUGGGAGCUCUUCAGUGUGGGCUUCUGGACCACCGUGGAUCCUUUGCUCCUCCAGUGUCACUGUCUAACCACCUGGGCGUUCAUGCUGUUCAACAUCUGGGUUUCUACUGAGGACCACUGCGGGUACGACUUCCCUUGGGCAAUGCAUCGUCUGGUUCCCUUUGGCCUUUGGGGUGGAGCGCUGCGGCAUGACGCUCACCAUCAGCAGCCGGGCACCAACUUUGCACCUUUCUUCGCCCACUGGGACUGGCUGGGGGGAACCGCAACUAUGCCAGCUCCUGUGAAGACAAAAACACCGAAAGAAAGGGACGAAAAGGAAGCCUGAGGCUCUGCUUUCCCUUUCACGCUCUCACACUCAUCUCUCUCUUUUCGCUCCAUCUGUCCCACCCUGUCUCGCACAUUCUCCAUUGCUAUUCAUCUUCUCCCCGAACUGCAGAUCAAGUAUCUUACUAACAAACCAGUACAGAAGCAAGCAGCACAUUUGCAACGAAAGCAUCCUGGUCCUUGAAUGUAUAAAGUGUCUUUUCUUUCAAAUCUAUCUAUUUUUCUAAAUAAUAAAAUUUUUUAAUGGCCAACUUGUGAGUUUUGUGGCAUAUCUCAGGUUUGUAGCUUUGGCCUAAUGUCUUUCCAAAAGAUUAUGUAUAUUCAAAAUGGCUUGUAUUCCAGUGCUUGUUAUUGUAUUUUGACACUUUUCACUAAACUUGGGUCAAUAAAAUACUGUGUUGUUUGUUAA